AUGUUUGUACGCGAAGCGAGGCGCGCGAUUCCUCGGUUCAUAAAGGAUCCUCCGCAGGCUUUCCACUCAAAUCGACUGUGUGUCACGCAAGACGAGUGCUUGGGGUCUCAUUAUUUUCACAGAGGACAAACUACGACUGGUCGUUUGUCGCCCAACACGACCACUGAAGAAGGAACUUUGACGCAAGAGUCCGGCGACGUCCGGAGCGUCGAGGGGGAAGUCUGCGGUGCCGUGCUGGUCGACGAGUGA